GUGACUCCAUCUUUAACGUGGUUCCCAAAAGUACUCAGAUGGAUCAGCUUAAUAGUAACGCAGUAACAACGCUCAUUGUAAAGCAUUUACCAGAUUUCAUUACGAGCUCAACAGAAUUACAAAAUGAUUAUUUCAAGCCAUAUAAACCUUUAAGUGUAAGGUUUAUGCAAAGUCAAGCUAUGCCAGGAUUCGCCUUUCUCGAUUUCCCCAACCGUGACACAGCUGAAGCGGCCUACGAGCAGCUGAAAUACAUCAAUUUUGGAUUAUAUUACAAGCAGAUUAUAAUUGAAUACGCUAAACCAAACCCAAACAGAAAUCAAAUGACAGAACCUGUCACACUCACUAUUGAGCAGCACGAACAAGCAGCAGACCCCGUAUCAUUGUCACAAGGUAUAUUGUACCCACCCAAUCCGCAUUUGCGUUACUUUUAUCCAGAUCCUACACCAGAUAUUCUGGCCAAUAUAUCUAAUGCACUUGGAACGGUACCGAGAUUUUAUACACAGGUGCUUCACUUGAUGAAUAAAUAUAACAUGCCACCCCCUUUUGGCGCAGUCGAUAAGGAAUCUGUGCCCUCUUUGAAAAGGAAACACGAUGACUUAUUAGCUAGUGACGAAUCCGAGUUAGAAGAUGAAGACAAUAAUAAUAUUGCAGCAGAAGCACAAGAACAGAAAGUGAAACAGGCAAGGCUUGGUCGAAUUGCGGCUGAAAAACAAAAAAUAGCACUUACAGCUUCUCCAGCAAAUUGCAUCACUAGUAAAGCUACCUCCAGCAAGAUAAAAAUUAACAUUGGGAAGCUUACUGAUCAAAAGAGGUCCAGUCAGUUACAAGAUAAACAAGUAUCGCCCGAUCGAUUACAGGAAGAACAAAAAAAAAUUCAUGACAAGUGUCUGCCAAUGUCAGAAUUGAUAAAUUUACCGGCAUUUAAAAACUAUACUAGUGGUACACCUAGCAAUAAAUUAUACAUCAAAAACCUUAGUAAACAGGCGACGCAGCAAGAUUUACUUGAUUUAUAUGGAAAAUUCAGUAAAGAAAUACAGGUGAAUCUAAUGACGAAAGGGCGAUUACGUGAUCAAGCAUUUGUUACAUUCCCAGAUGAGACGAGCGCAAGGUUGGCAUUAGAGUGUACGAACGGUUACGUGCUUCACGAACGUCCAAUGGCAGUCCUUUUCAGCAAAGCGGCGGUUGUAAAUAAUUAAUUUUUUUUGUUGCUCGUAAAUAAUAGAGUCACAAAUAUUUUAAAAUAAAAAGGCAAAAAUUUUCACAACCAAAAUGAAAUUUUUAUU